UUCUGGAAGAGAUAGAUAGAGAGAGAGAGAGACCCAAUCUCAUUUGAGUUUUUCGGAUAACAACUGCGAAGAAGAAAAUAAGCAGAAAGAAAAGUCGCACAGAACAGAAAAACCACAAAAGCUUAAAAAAAGAAAAGAAAAAAAGAAGUCACUGGAUCGAAUGCAAAGGACAAUUAGGUUUUUUAUUUCAUUUUCCUUUCAUCUUUGGAGAACUAUAGUUGCUCUGUCCAUGAUAGAAACUCCACAAAAUACUAUAACAUACUCCACAAAUACUAUAACAUACUCCACAAAUGCUGUAACAUACUCCAGAAAAUGCUAUAACUACUCCACAAAUGUUAAAACAUGCUCCACAGACCACAAAUACUAUAACAUUUUUUUUAUUGCAAGUCGUUUUGGCCCUACAUUUCUGUAGCUUCCCAGCUCUAAUCUGGACAUGGAGGGUUUUUCAACUCUGCUCGUCAAUCUCACCUUACUUCUCCUCUGGAACCCGCCCAUAUCAAUAUUUGUGCAUUAUGCACAUUCUUGCAGGUUCCACACGUUUUCCAUGAUGAUUACUUAAACUUGCAGUUAAUUUAGGGGCAAUUUAACUGCAGUUGUUGGAUCAUAAGACCUGGUGUGUGAAAAAGUCAUGGCAGAGGGCACAGAAAUUGAGGAACGAGUGGAUCUUGAAGAAGACAAUUAUAUGGAAGAGAUAGACGAUGAUGUUGAAGAUCAACUAGAUGAGGAUGGAGAAGAUGAUGCUGGUGAUCCACAUGCUGAAGAAAAUGUUGAAGAGGAGUAUGAGGACUCAAAAACUGAGGGCAGUCAGAAAGAUCAAUCUCCAGAGGCAGAUAGAAUCGUUGCCAACACUGAACCUGCAGAAGACGAACAAAAGCCCACUGCUUCUGUUAAUGAAGAGGAAAAAGAGAAGCAUGCUCAACUUCUUGCCCUUCCUCCCCAUGGUUCUGAAGUUUUCAUCGGUGGUCUUCCCAGGGAUGUGAUUGAAGAUGAGUUGAGGGAUCUUUGUGAACCAAUAGGCGAAAUUUUUGAGAUAAGGCUAAUGAAAGAUAAAGAUUCUGGUGAAAGCAAGGGUUUUGCUUUUGUAGCUUUCAAAUCAAAAGAGGUUGCUCGAAAGGCCAUUGAAGAGCUUCAUAGUAAAGACUACAAGGGAAAAACCUUAAGGUGUUCAAUAUCCGAAACCAAAAAUAGACUGUUUAUUGGUAAUGUUCCAAAGAACUUGACGGAGGAUGAAUUUAGAAAGAUAAUCGAGGAGGUCGGUCCUGGGGUGGAAGUUAUCGAGCUUAUAAAGGAUCCUCAAACUCCUACUCGUAAUCGUGGUUUUGCUUUUAUAUUGUACUACAAUAACGCCUGUGCUGAUUAUUCAAGGCAGAAAAUGUUAAAUGCCAAUUUUAAGCUUGAUGGCCAUACCCCAACUGUCAGCUGGGCCGAUCCAAAGGGCACACCUCCUGAUCAUUCUGCUGCUUCUUCCCAGGUUAAGGCUCUGUAUGUGAAAAACAUACCUGAGAACACAUCUACUGAGCAGCUGAAGGGACUAUUCCAGCGCCAUGGGGACGUGACAAAAGUUGUCAUGCCACCUGGCAAAGCUGGAAAACGAGAUUUUGGGUUCAUUCACUAUGCUGAAAGGUCAAGUGCAUUGAAGGCGGUCAGAGAUGCAGAGAAGUAUGAAAUUGAUGGUCAGGUGUUGGAAGUUGUCCUUGCUAAGCCUCAGGCUGAUAAAAAACCUGAUGCUGCCUAUCCUUACAAUGCUGGGGUUCAUCCAAACCCUGUUCCCCUUCCUGCAUAUAGUGGAUUUGCUGGUAAUCCAUAUGGCUCUUUGGGAACUGGAUUUGGUGUUGCUUCCAGUUUUCAGCAGCCAGUAAUAUAUGGCAGGGGUCCCAUGCCAGCAGGGAUGCAUAUGGUGCCAAUGGUUUUACCAGAUGGUCGAAUUGGCUAUGUCCUUCAGCAGCCUGGAGUACAGAUGCCACAGCCUCGGCCUCGAAGAGUUGAUCGGAACAAUGGUCCAAGUGGGCCUGGGCGAGCUGGUAAUAGUAGUGAUGAUGGCAAUCGGGGAAGAAGAUACCGGCCUUAUUAGUUGGAGGUGUAUUGAUGUGUUGUAGUUUUAUCAGGGAAUUGAGAAUCAUUGUAGUUGGAUGACUUGUUCUGCAGAACAAAUAAUAGAGCUAUCACCUAUUCCCUUUGAUCCACCUCACAACUCCCCAGAAUUUUAAAAAAGAGAGAAGAAACAAAAAAUUGGAAGUAGAAGGAUGUUAGAAUAGGCCUGAAGUAUUGUGACUAUGAUGUGGUAGGAGACAGUUGACGGUUAAUUGUUGUUUUAUUUGUUGGCAUUGUUUUAUGGUACCCAGCAAGCCACUUUUUCA